AUGGUGUACUUCCGAAGCAAUAAUUUUGGGAUAAAGGAUUCAUCAAGGGAAAACUUCGACACCAUCUACGAGCAGAAGGAGGGAGUCUUCCACCUAUGCAGUGGGAAGGAUGGAGUUUUUGUGGUCAACAAGAACUAUGUGGCAGUGAUCAGAAAAGAAGAAGGAAGGAAGAAGAAGAUAGUUAAGUUCCAUAGAGACGUAAGCGCCAUAGAUGUAUAUGAAGAACUAACGGUGUGCGGGGAUGAAAGUGGAUGUGUCAAAGUGGUUGGAAAGAUGAGGAGCAUUGUCCGGCAGUACCACGAACAUGAAGCCAGGGUUAAUGAAGUAAAACUUAAUGGAACAAUGAUAAUAAGUUGUAGCGACGAUAUGAAGAUAAAAAUAUUUGAGCUAUCAAAGGAGGAGUCUGUUGCCACCAUACUUGACAACACAGACUAUGUUAAAAGCAUUGCUGUUGGAGAUGGGGUUGUGUUUUCGGGGUCUUACGAUGGAUUCAUCAACGGAUACUGCCUAACAACGUUCAAAAAGGUGUUUGGAUACAAUACCCACCGCCGUGUGUCGAGGAUUUGCAUGCUUGGAAGUGGGCGUGUGGCUUUUUUAUCUGAGAACGAGGUUUGUGCAAUUGACGUCCAGAACGGGGGAGUAGAGGUUGGAAGAGCCUUCCAUAUCAAGGAGGCGACGUCUAUGGUGUUUUACGAAGGCAGGCUGUAUACGGCGUCAGUGGAUGGAAAUGUAAGGGUAUUUACAAGAGAUCUUAAGAUGAUAUCAAAGGUUGGAGUUCGAGGAGGAAUCCUGAGUCUUAGUAUCUUCAACGAUGUGUUGUACCUUGGGAUAGAGGAUGGAGGGGUGCUGGAGCUGGCAAGGAAUAAGACGGAGAAGGAUUCUCCCCAGCUGAAGGAUAGAGAAGAUGGUAUUCACGACGAGAUAAAGAUUGAGAUUGUUCGGAACCGCCAAACCAAGUUAACAUACUUAGAAAAGAAGCUGAAUGCAUUUGAGUACAAGAAAUCGAUGAUGCAUGCAGUAAGGAAAAGAGAUAUUCAGGAGGUGUUCUCGGUGAUGAGCUACAUAUAUGAAAGACGGGAAUUUGUACAUGCGCUUCAAGAUCUGAAUAGAAGAGAACUAGAAAGUGUCCUUGAUGUAAUGAUUGAGUUCUUUACGGUCAAGGAGCUUGUACCAGUCUUCUCUGAAUUCAUUGGAUUUAUUCUUUUCCUAUAUGAAAGAGACAUAAAGGAUGAUGGCAUGCUUUGCAAGAAAAUAGAAAUUCUUGGAUCUGUCAUUGACGACGAGUUGUGCUUCCAGGAGCAAAACCUCCGAUCGAUAGCCUUUCUCGAAUGUUUUCUAAGAUAA